GUAACCUGGCGAAUAAUGGAAGUGAGAGGAACGAGAAUGGCUCCCGCAGGGUUACCUUCGUCAAACGGAACUCUGCCACCGUUUAUAGGGCCUAGCCUGGUCGGCACAUCGUUUGCCAGUUAUAAAAGGGCUUGGUGGAUGAGAGUGGCCCCCUGCUUGGUCUUCCUCACAGCGUUUUGCACCGCCAUGGCCGUGCUUCUGGUUUGGAGCGAAGCGGCAGCUCUGAGAAUGGCUCCCGCAGGGUUACCUUCGUCAAACGGAACUCUGCCACCGUUUAUAGGGCCUAGCCUGGUCGGCACAUCGUUUGCCAGUUAUAAAAGGGCUUGGUGGAUGAGAGUGGCCCCCUGCUUGGUCUUCCUCACAGCGUUUUGCACCGCCAUGGCCGUGCUUCUGGUUUGGAGCGAAGCGGCAGCUCUGAGAAACGUCAUGGUUUUUUUUUUUCAGAUAGGCGUGAUUUCUAGCACAGCUUGGCUAGAGUCCAAUCUGAGCUGGCGUGGCAUUCUGAUACUAACCGAGCCCAAGAGCUUCUUCGAGGCGCAGAGGAGCACCAGGAAUCCGCGAUCGAAAGUUCUCCACGCCUGUCUCAGCACGGACACGGAUACCAAAGAGAUAAAAUACCACCAGGAGUCGGAGGUCCAGGUCACCAAAUUGGGCGACGGCCCUAACAGUCUCGUGUCAUCGGACGACGGCUUUCCUACCACUAGACUCAAGUGCUUUCCCCUCUAUAGCGUAUUGUUGGCAUAUAACACUACGACCUUGGAUUAUCUAAAUUUGGACAGUCCCGACGCUCCCGAUGGCCAGGUACUCGACACCAUCCCUUGGGACAUUAUAAGAAUAUCGAUACUGUCAAUACGCUGGAAUCCCAAUCACAGCGAGACAGAGACAAAAAGCUUCAUCGACAAGAUGACCAGCCGGAGAUACAAGCUCAUACACACGACAGACACCGGAAAGUCGAUUUUUUUGUAUAAUACUCUGCUUAAACUUUGAUUCUUGACUCAGGUUAAUGCGACAGAUUGAGGGAGGAGGGGGUCUGUCGCAAGAUAAAACAUAUAAUAUAAGCGACUCGAGACGCCAUUAACCCUCCUCGCUGCGCUUUUGAUUCGUUCUAAAUAUUUCAAUCGCUGCCUAGAAAUAUUUCUUUCGAACAAAAGUGCGAUUUCCCAUUCGAUCUCACACAAUUUAAUUCACCAUCGAUAUUAAGGACACCGGAAGUAACCAAUUGUAGAAUUAGUUUUCUGUUGAAUUUCCUAAUUUAUUGUCUCGUGUUUUGCGGGAUUUUUUUGGCACUCAACAAAAGGUAAGUCUGUCUUUCCUGCAAUUUAUAGGAUCAUGUUAAUCUACAACUUAAAAUGGGUAUGCUGAUAACAAUUAUUGAUUGAAAGACUCGCGAGUUCAAGAAUUUUGAUCAAAGUUACAAUGGAAGAUAUAAUGAUUAUAUUUUGAACAACUCAACAAUUCAAAGAGUUGAGAGUCAAAAUUAUAGUUGAGAAAUCAAGAUUUUGAUUUUUCAAAAGCUCAAAGAUACAAAAUUCUCCAAAUUAAAUUAAAAAAUCUGGGAAUCACAUUUCGAGAGAUUAUAUAUUCAAGAUUC